AUGCAGCGGCCAAGAGCUUUUUCACAACAAGCUCUGAGACGAUUGGAAGAAGUCUCGAAUGGCCGACGGGUUUCUACAGUAAAACCCUCAGCGUCCAAGUUGCUCGAUUUGCACGGUCGGUCGUAUCUUUUGCCCACGUUGACACUGCCUAAAGUAAACGACAAAGACGUCAAGGACUUACAGCAAUUCUUCCAGGCUAGAGCUACUAAUAGACCCACGCCAGUGGUCUUGGACUUGCACCAAGUUUCUAGUAACGGCUCGCCACACUCACAGUCAAUUAAAAGACAUGAAUUGAGAAAUCAGAUUUUACAACUACAGGAAUCUGGGUAUGUUCCUGUGGGCAUCUCUAAUGCCAGUGAAGACGUCAAGAAAGUUGCUGCUGGUCUGGAUCUGCCUUACUUUAUUGGCACAAGGCUGCAUCUGGAGCAGCAGAAGGCUGGAAUAGCUGCAGUGGAGGAAGAACUCAUGGAGCAGAACGAGGUUUCUAUCACUUCUAAUUCAGCAACGGCUUUUGUAGAAGACGAUAAAUCCGUCUCUAUCCAGACGGCAGCAGAGACGCUUCCGCCGAUGGUGGUGACUCAUUCGGUGCGCUCGGGACAGCAGAUUUUCGCCCAGAACAGGUCGCUCAUGGUACUGGGUAAUGUAAGCUCUGGCGCCGAGGUGAUGGCAGAUGAGGACGUGGUCGUGCUAGGCGUGCUCAAGGGCCGCGCUCUUGCUGGUAUCGGCGGCAAUGUGCAUGCGCGGAUUGUCUGCCAGAGUUUUGAUGCAGAGCUCAUUUCCAUCGCGCACUGCUUCACGACGUGUGACGACCUGGAGCAGGAUAAGAUUGGGCCGUUGCAGCUGCACAAGCCCACGUCCAUCUCGCUACAGGACGACCGCCUGUUUUUCGAGUCAUCGACGGACGGUGUGAUCCGAUGA